AUGGCUGCCAGUGGACUGAAUCCCGAGAGAAAGCGGCACAUGGCGCAUCCAAAGGAGCACCUCUAUCAGAUGGUCGAAUUCGCGUUGGCCAUUCAGCAUGUGCUGUCCGUAUUCAAUGAGGAUUUACUCAAUUUUGACUUUGUCUGUAAACUGGGACUAAACAUUGGUCCAGUGACAGCCGGUGUAAUUGGUACUACGAAGCUUUAUUACGAUAUAUGGGGUGACACUGUAAAUAUUGCGUCGCGAAUGUACAGCACCGGAGUCCUGAACAGAAUUCAGGUAACAAUUCCCAAGACCGACUUUCUGUUAACCUCGGCAUUAAUUGAAUUCAGGUAA